UCACAUAUCUACCAGUGAGAGACGUGCUGUCACUUGUAACAUAACGGACGUGACACACGACAUUUACGGAUAGCCGAGGCGAUAAACGAUGCCGCGGCCGACUCGCGAAUCUUACGGAGACCAGAAACCGCCGUUUUCGUACAUCGCACUCACCGCCAUGGCCAUCUGGAGCUCACCGGAGAGGAUGCUGCCGCUGUCAGAGAUAUACCGGUUCAUCACUGACAGGUUCCCAUAUUACAGACGUAAUACUCAGCGAUGGCAAAAUUCGUUGCGUCACAAUCUCUCGUUCAACGAUUGCUUUGUAAAGGUUCCUCGGCGCCCUGAUCGUCCUGGUAAGGGCGCGUACUGGACUCUCCAUCCACAGGCCUUUGAUAUGUUCGAGAAUGGUUCGCUAUUGAGACGCAGGAAACGGUUCAAGCUUCACAAAGGUGAAAAAGAUAGUUUGAAUGCGGAAUUGGCAGCCCUGGCAAGUUUCAACCGGGCAUUUCUAGCUCGUCAGGCUGGAACCGCUUCGGGGAAUAUGUCAUCCGGGAUAUAUGCACCUAGCGUGACUUUAUGUCCGAGGCUCAGUCCAGAGACUCCGGAGGCGCCUGAUACAGCUGCUUUAUUACCCACCCUGCCUAGACCACGCCGGGCGUUUACUAUAGACGCGUUACUGGAGCCAGAGCCUAGACGUUCCUCUCCAUCACCCCCAGUAGUUCAGCCCCAUUGUCCAAUGCCAUUGCCCCCGGCGCCAUAUCUGCUAGCAGCCCAACGCUACCACGCCGAACUACUGGCCAAUUUACAACAGUCCUGCUUACCACCUCUAUGGACUUGGAGAGACACCAGUCAAUUUUCACACUACACUCUUAACUCAUGAAUGGUAUGUUUGCUGAUUCUACGAUGGAAUAGUUGUAAGGGACUAUGAAGGCUUUGAAUUAAGCCUCAGUUUAAAUGUGUUAGUGAAUUAGUUUAUGUUUGUAGAGAUCGGAUUAUGAAUAGUUAAGAGGGAAACAUUGAACCGAGAAAAAUCAACUGCGGUGAUAUUUUUAAGGUAUUGAGCUCGCCGAGAAAUAUAAAAGAACAAAAAAAAAAUCCUAACAGUCUUAUAGAUAAUAUAUAAAAACUAUUUAUAAAUUUAAUUUUAUGAAUCUGUGAUACUUAAAUAAAGUCAACUGUGAAUAUGUACAGCUUAA